UUCGGUUCGAUAGGUUCAGUUUCAGUUGAAAAGCGAAAGUGCGCGUGCAUACUCGAGUAUAAAAAUUCUAAUAAUAAGUGUUGCCUACAUUUGUGCUGAACGUAUAUUAAAUUCAGGAAGCAGGCAUAAGCGCACACUUCGCAACGCGACGUCAGCGACCGUUAUUAGAUUUUUUAAAUCUAACGGCACAGAUUGAGGCAACAGUUACAAGCAUCUAGCUUUAACGAGUAGCAGCAAAAGCCGCAACAAAAAUCCAAGCCGUCUACCGAGGCCACAAAGUGAGAGAGACCAUGAAAAAAUCGGAAACCAAAACUACAGCCAACAAUGGCAGCGCCGUUGCUGCCGCCGCCGAGGCAGCCUCGUCAUCUGCAGAGCCAACCAAAGCAGAGCUCGAGGCUGAAUUUAAUCCCAAUGACAAAGAACUAUGUGAUGCUGCAUUGAAAAUUCAAUCUACUUUCCGUGGGCACUUGGCACGCAAACUGGUCAACAAGGAUGAGCCCGAGGAUGUUGAUAUACAGGAGAUAACUAAGAAAGUUGCCGAGGAACUAGAUAUUGAUUUGACCGAUCCUGAGCUGAACAAGGCUGCUACCAAAAUACAAGCCUCGUUCCGUGGCCAUAAGAUACGCAAAGAGACCAAUCCGGAAUAAAGUGGUAAUUUUUCAUGCCCGGAUGACUUUGAAUUUGUUGGUGUUUCUAACCGAAAGCUGUCAAAUGAUUACUUUUAAAAAA